CUUUAACUUAUUACAUCGUCUCUACACUAUCAGUAUUCAUAGUAGGUUAAGGUCAACAUAUACAAAUUGCUCUGGAACAAAAUACUGCAUCUAUUUUCAGACAUAAUAAAAUGGCAGUACCUCUAAAAAAGUUGAAUAAUGGAACAUAUUGUCCCAGCUUCGGACUUGGAACGUGGUUAGCAGCUCCUGGAGAAGCAAAGGAAACUAUAAAAACAGCAAUAGAUAUUGGUUAUAGAUUAUUUGAUUGUGCUUGGGUGUAUGGAAACGAGAAAGAAAUAGGUGAAGGUUUACAAGCAAAAAUUUCAGAUGGUACAGUUACCAGAGCAGAUCUAUUCGUAGUUACAAAACUUUGGAACGUAUUUCAUGAAGAAGACAAAGUUAUUCCUGCAUGUAAGGAAUCGUUGAAGAAUUUGGGACUCGAGUAUAUUGACCUGUAUUUGAUUCAUUGGCCUUGUGCUACCAUUUGCAAAAAAUUCGACAGCAGUUUGCCAUUUAAAGGUUCAGAAAACAUCGAAUAUGAUUUUUGCAAGACAUGGAAAGCCAUGGAGAACUGUGUCAGUCUUGGUCUGGUAAAGAGUAUUGGAUUAUCGAACUUCAAUUCUGAACAAGUUGCCAGAAUCAUGAAGUCAUGUUCUAUAAAACCCGUUAUGAAUCAGAUAGAAGUGACACCUUUUCUCAACCAAAAGAAAUUAAUAACAAUUUGCAAAGACCACGAUAUCGAGAUCAUGGCUUACUCUCCAUUGGCUUCUCCAGCUCGUCCUUGGGCUAAAGAAGGUGAUAAGAUGCUAUCGUUGGAAGAUUCAAAGCUUUUAUCUAUUGGGAAAAAAUAUAGGAAGACUACUGCACAAGUAGUACUCUGUUACGUGUACCAACAGGGUACUAUACCAAUUCCUAAAUCCUCUAAUCCAGACAGAUUGAAACAAAACAUAGAUAUUUUUGAUUUUAUGUUAUCCGAAGAAGAUUUGAAACUCAUAGAUACUUUUAAUUGCGGAAUUAGAAUGUGUCAUGCUGAAGAAUUGAAAGAUAAUUCUGAAUACCCAUUUAAUUUAGUAGAAUAAAUAUUUAUUUGUUUUUUCUAAGUAAUGAUUUGAAUUUACUAUCUAUACUGUGUAUGCAGCAAUACUUUGUAAUAAAUACUAGAUAAGUACAUA